AUGGCCCAAGACAUACCCCAAGAAAUACCACAAGACGUGGUUGACGACAUGACGACACCUACCAAAAUCGCGCUCUUCUCCAUGCUCGACUCUAGUAUUCGCAGCGGAGCAUUUCAAGACCCUUUCUACCCAGUGGACGCUGUCGAUGGUCCACGCUUCCUCGACACAGAGGCCUGUCUUUGCCAACUUCGACCAGAACCCGUAAAGGGCGGCACGGUAUGGUGGCAGUGUGUUGGAAACCAGUUCACCAUAACAGACACGGGAGGAAAGUGGUUCCAAGCUAAGAAUGUUGAUGGACUCAAGCUCGACACCAACAGCACUCUGGGUCCCAUUUACGAUGCAUCAUAUCCUCCAGACUCGGCAGAAGGGUUCGAAUGGGAUGACAACCAGCAACAACUUACGAUAACGGGAGAUCGGACACCAGGUCUCAGUGUGUGGGAUACCGCCUGCACAGCGGAGAACAACACCCUCUUCUCGACCACACUUUAUCGUGCGGCCGCCGAGAAGCAGGCCAACCAGACACCGGUCGAUGCGGCACCGUGCUGGAGACCCGGAGCGAUUCCCAUCCAAAUACAGGACUAUAAAGACUGGCAAGAGCAUGGGUGUAAAGAUGGGUUCCUUUGUUCAAACAACACCGUCAACUCACUACCACAGUACUGUCCUCCCGUCACCGAAUGCCAGCUUGCCAGACUAGGGGGCAUCGCCUGCGAACUGAAUGGCGCCAGUAUCGGCAUGGGUCCUUUUGAGCCCGUCGUCUGCCAGGCUGGAUGGUACUGCCCUCGGGAAGAAAAGGGGAUGGUCACCCUCAAGUGUCCAUCUGGCCAUUACUGCCAGGCGGGCGCAGUUACACCCACGCCAUGCGCGGUUGGGAGCUGGUGCCCAGAAGGGUCUCUGUUUGAACGUUAUCUUAUCCCCAUUGUCCUUGUCAUAGUUAUUGACGUCAUCCUUGGUAUGGUCGAUCUCGGUAUCCGCAAGAGACGCCGCAACGCGUCCUCCGGAGCCAUUCAACAGGACAGCUACGUAGCUGUCAUUGGCGGCUACAAGCAGGUUGCGGAGGAACGCCAUGAGGAAGUCGACUAUGAGACGGCACUGCGGAGACGAACCAAGCGUCAAGACACCUUUAGGGGUCUCGGCGAUCAGAUACACGAGCAAGCGCCUCCUCUUCGUCGUGAAAAGACCGUCCGCCACCACCUUGACCCAGAUAUAUCGCCUUCUGCCAGAGCCUUCGUCGACUCGAUGCGCAGAGCCACUUCUGCUUCCGAGUUUGGUCUGUCGUUUGGCUACAAUCAACUGACCUUUGCACUCAAGAACAGCAAGAGGCCAAUUCUCCAGAACGUCACUGGAUCUAUCAACAGCGGAAGCCUUACGGCAGUAAUGGGUGGCUCAGGCGAUGGCAAGUCAACCUUCAUCAACGUUCUCAUGGGCAAGACGCAGUACACUAAAGGCAGCGUCACCGUCAACAACAUCCCUGGGGAGCUCAAGCAGUACAAGAAGCUUAUUGGUUACGUGCCUCAGGACGAUAUUGUCUUGCCUGAGCUCACCGUCUAUGAGAACAUCAUGCACUCGGCCAAGAUUCGGUUGCCGCGUACCUGGAGCAAAUCCGACAUCGAAACUCAUGUUAACGCCGUUAUCGACUGUCUGGAACUCUCCCACGUACGUGACAGCUUGGUUGGCAGCGUUGGGAAGCCUGUCAUUAGCGGUGGUCAGCGCAAGCGUGUGAGCAUCGGUAUGGAGUUGGCGGCUGCUCCCAUGGCCAUCUUCCUGGACGAGCCAACCUCCGGUCUCGAUGCGACUUCAGCGAGGUCCAUAAUGAGUACACUCAAGGCUCUUGGAAGACUCGGUAUUACCGUUAUAGUCAUCAUCCAUCAGCCGCGAGUGGAAAUCUUUGAGAUGUUGGACGACAUGAUCCUCCUAGGAAAUGGACAACAGAUCUACGAAGGGCCUCAGAGUCAAGCCAAGACCUUCUUCGAGCAGAUGGGUUUUGUGUUCCCUCCUGGAGCCAACUGCAGCGACGUCAUUACCGACAUCAUCACAGGAAACGGUCGGCCGUACAAGAAGGACGGAGAUGUAUCCAAAGAAGCUCUCAUUGGCCACUGGGCUAAAGGCUCCAGGGUGAGCAUCCUCACUGAAGAAGACGAGGACAGGUCCUGGCAACGUGCCCACUCCCGAAACCCCUCUGACACCACCCUUGUCGGUAAUGAAAGCAGCGACACCGACACAUCCCGCCACAAUCGAUCUUCUCUUAUGUCCAUCAGCAAGCUCAAAGCUAUCUUGAAGGAUCGCGGCGCUCCUCGUUGGCGACAAACCCUGCUAUGUCUAUCCCGCUCUAUCCUUCAGCAAUACCGUGCCCGCUCCAACUAUUGGUUCGAAAUGGGUCUCAACGCGCUUGCCGGCUCCUUGCUCGGUCUUGCCCAACAGCCGAAGAAUGGCGCCUUUUUCCGAGGCCAGUACCACAAACCAUACGAAAUCCUGUCUCUCAAAGCAGACUAUGCCGCGGCCCCGCAGAUGGAAAUGCUCAACACGUUGGCCAUUGCCUUUUCCAGUGCCGCGCCAGGUGUCAAGGUCUUCUCCGAGGAGAUACUCGUGUACCGUCGUGAGGCAGAGGCCGGGCACUCUCGAGUGGCAUACUUCUUUGCAAAGACGGUCAGUGUCCUUCCAAGGAUGACACUGGCUUGCUUACACUUCUCUGCCCCGUUGUUUUUGGUGAGCGUGCCUGUCAUUCCGUUCUGGACGGCGUUCUUGGCCAACUUGCUGUAUAUGUAUUGCAUCUACGGGCUGGCUAGCUGCCUGAGCAUGGUGGUGAGACGGAAGGAUGCGCCACUGGCUGCGACGAUGUUCAUUAUCAUUGUCGGCAUCUUGAGCGGUGCGGCGCCGAGCUUGAAGCAGGCCAAGGAGUGGCACGUUGAAUGGCUGUGGAGGGCCGGGCCGGGCGUGUGGCUCGGUGAGCUGUACUUCGGCCAGUUGGUCAGGCCGUUUGGGUAUCUGUAUGAUGUCCAAAUUGCUUCUGAAGAGACGGGAUAUGAACUGGAUCGGAAGUGGCCCAACAUCCUGGUCAUGCUGGGCAUUGGGACGGUGCAUAGGUUGUUGGCUUUUGUAGGGUUGAUUUGGGGUGGGAAGUUGAGGGUAUGA